AUGGUAGCUUCCCUACCAAAGAUGUACAAGAUCAUCGUCCUAACUGUUGCCUGUCUGGCUGUGGUUGCAUCGGCCCAAUACUGGGGUGGAGCUGGAUUCGGAUACGGUGCUGAACACCAUGGCCAUCAUGAUUACUAUUCGCAUCCCAGCUACAAGUUCGAGUAUGGUGUGAAGGAUCCCCACACCGGUGACCACAAGAGCCAGUGGGAACAUCGGGAUGGAGAUGUCGUCAAGGGAGCCUACACCCUGCAUGAGGCCGACGGAACUGAGCGAGUGGUCGAGUACUCGUCCGACAAGCACAACGGCUUCCAGGCUCAUGUGAAGCGAGUGGGACAUGCUUAUCACCCGCAGGUGUACGGACACCAUGGUGGCUACUACGGAGGACACGGCCAUGGUGCAGGAUAUAGCUACAGCAAACUUGAUCAGCAUUUUUAA